UCCGCUCUGUCUCUCAUAAGUACUAUCUGAUCAAUCAGGGGAAAACAUGGAGUGAUGCUCAGGCUUACUGUCGAGCCACAUACACUGACCUGGCGAUCAUUAAAAGCAAUGACGAUAUGGUACAACUUCAGAAUGAAGCCCAGAUACAACAGUUCAGUUCCAGUGCUUGGAUUGGACUGUACAAUGACGUCAAAAGCUGGCGCUGGUCUUUUGGAAAUGAGCCAUUGGGAAGUAUGACCAAAUGGAAUCCAGGAGAGCCUGGCAACUGGGGCGGACAUGAAGAGUGUGUUGCAACAUCUUCGUCAGCUUGGUUUGACGCUCCAUGUACACUGAUGUUUCCCCUUCUCUGCUUUGAUGACAGACAAACUGGCAAUGGGAGAUACAUUUAUAAUUCUAAUACAAUGACCUGGCUUGAAGCUCAGAGUUAUUGUAGACAGCAUUAUACAGACUUGACCAGUGUGAGAAACACAACAGAACACCUAGCUAUACAGGGACUGGUCACUGGAUCGGCUUGGAUUGGUCUGUUCAGAGAUGCCUGGAAGUGGGUAGACAAAACCAACUUCUCUACCAUCAGUUGGAUGUCAGGAAAACCUGAUAAUGCCCUGGGGAAUGAAAAUUGUGGUUAUGUAAAUAACGGUCAGGCCGCUGAUGCACAGUGCUCAGAUGUAAUGCCUUUCUUCUGUUACUCAGAUGCAGAAAUAAUAAAAAAACAAAUCAUCAGACUGAAGAUCCAGUCCAAUCAGGAUGUUAACAAUCUGAUAUCACAGGCAGCCAUCUUAGAGCAGAUCAGACAAAAACUGAAGGAUCAUGGGAUGGCAGAGAACAUCACAGUGGAAUGGAGAAAGCAACCAAAUGGAGUAGUUUUUCACAAGGAGAAAGAAGGAGAUUAGAGCAGCAAAAUAAGUGUAACCUUGAAGUCUUUAUGUUGAAGUGAUUUUCUUUAGGUUCCUGCUCGUUUUUAAAGACUGUCUGUAGCGAUUACAGGUAUAUUAAUAUUUAAUCUCUUACUAUCUCUAAUAAGUGACGAGGAGGAUAGAGUGGCUAUAAAAAGUGUAUGCACCAUUAUUAAAAAGUAUUAAAAAGGAAAUCAAUGUAAAUCAUAUUCAAUAUUUUUCCAGCUUAAAUGCGAAAACAAACUGAAAACAAAUAUAGACUUUCUGGGUAAAAUUUUUUCAAACAUUUUCAAAACAUUACAUGUAAUAUGGAACACCGAGAAGGCCAUCAAUAGCAAAUGGAGAAAAUGGAGCAUCACAGUGACAUUACCAACAACAGGAUGUCCCUGAAAAACUGACAAAAAGACAAGAAGAAUCCUUAUCAGGGAGGCUGGAAAGAGAUCUGUGGCACCAUUACAGGAGCUGCAGGAAUUUCUGGAAAGUCCUGGUAACUCCCUGCAAAGAACAACAAUCUCUCAUGUUCUUCACAUGUCUAGGCUAUGGGGUAGGGUGGCUAGAUGGAAGGAAGCAUUUUAAAAAAGAGUCAAGAUAGAGGGAAUCAUGGAUAGCUCCAAAAACCAAUCUGUUCAUGCCCCAAACCUGUAGAAGUAUUUAAAAAAAAAGAUGUAGAUAAAAAGUUCACCUUCCAGCACGAUAAUGACGCAAAACACAAAUCCAAGUCAACAAUGGAAUGGCUUCAAACGAAGAAGAGCUACAUUUUGGAGUAGUCCAGUCCGAGCCCAGAUCUAAACCCUAUCAAAACCCUGUGAAAUGACUUGAAGAGGGCUGUGCACAGGAGAUCUCCUCACGCUUUGUUUAGACCUGGAGAAGUUAGCAGACCCUUACCCAAAAAGACUGAGUGCUUUAUUACAAGCAAAACAUACUUUAACAAAGUAUUAGUUAAUUAGUAAAUUAGUUAAACACUUGUUUAACCAUGUUAUUGGAAGGGUUUUUUCUUCUUUCUCUUUUUCACUUGGUUAAUAUAUCACAUUAAAGGUGGAAAAAGAUCUGACGUAAUUUGUCAUAAUUAAAUUUUUUACAGAGGUAAGCAGGGGUGUGUACACUUUUUAUAGCCACUGUAGCACUAGUAAUCUCUGGUGGGAAGUUUUAGAUGUUAUUUAAAUUAAAUUGAGGGUGUUACACAUUUAAAAAACCUUUAGACUGAAAGAAAAUUGUAAAGUAGUAAAUGUCUAUUGUAAUAUCUGUAAUUUGGUUGUGAAGGUGUAAAUAAAAAAGUUAUUAAAUGAU